GUACAAUUUUAGUGUUGCUGACGAAGCGCCGAUAACAGGUUUUCCCUUUCCAGCUGAUCGACCCAUUUGAUCAGCUCCUGGCGGACCAUCGUCAUGACCUGACGAAUUGUCAGUCUCCUAUUGAAUCAUGAAUGACAAGCUGGUUUUCCUGGGCCUCCUGUACUUUGUGCAGGGAAUCCCCUAUGGGUUGCAGUCCUUGUUGCUCCCAGUCUACCUCCGUGGGGCGGGCCACUCCCUCACCCACAUCGGCUUGACCAAAAUCCUCUACUUUCCCUGGGUGCUCAAGGUUCUCUGGGCACCCCUGGUGGACCGUGUGGGCACCAAGCGGCGCUGGCUGGUGGCCACGGUCUCUGGCCUGGCGCUUACCUGUCUCUCCAGUGCCGCUCUGGCCCCAGAGGCCCACUUCUGGGGUGUGGCGGGGACUCUGCUGGCCAUGAACGCCCUGGCGUCGGUUCAGGACAUCACAGUGGACGGGGCCGCCGUGGGCCUGCUGAAGGGCCGCAGUGAGCUGGGCCUGGGCAACAUGGCUCAGGUAGUGGGCUACAAGGCCGGCUCGGUGUUCGCCGGGGGCGGGCUCCUUGCUGUGAUUGACGUGGCAGGGUGGGGCCCUAUGUUCAUGCUGUUGGCCUUUGUGUACUUCGGGGUGGCACUGUUUGUGUGGGGGGCCCCCGUGCUGGACAAUGAGCUGUUGAGGGGCCAGGCAGAGGGGAGGAAGGGGGUCCAGUCGGACGCUUUGCAUCCUUGGAGGGUGUGGCGGAAGCUGCUGUCAGUACCUGGGACGCCCUGGACCAUGAUCUACGUUCUCACAUACAAACUGGGCGAGCAGGGUGCGGUGACCAUGUUCCCUCUCUUCCUGUUGGACCAUCACAUGACAGCGCGGGAGCUGGGGUUCUGGAACGGAGUGAUCGCCAUGGGCUUCUCCAUCUGUGGCUCCUCCCUUGGUGGCGUGCUGCUCUCCCAGUUCAGUAUUGGCUCUCUGAUGAGGCGGGUGUUUGUGAUGCGGACUGUCAGUAUGGUGUUCCAGAGCUCCCUCCUGACUGUGCUGGAACCUUCGCCACUCAUGAAAGGUAUGGCCGUGUUGAGUUUGAGCAUUCAGCACUUCCUGGGCGGCCUCAUCACCACGCUCACCUUCACGACCAUGAUGCACUGCACACAGAGAGCGGAGGAGAGUGUACAGGCCACCCACUACAGUUUCCUGUCCACUCUGGAGGUGCUGGGGAAGCUGAUGUUCAGUGCCCUGGCGGGGGGCCUGGUGGACUGGGUGGGCUUCCCCACCGCCUUCCUCCUUUUCCUGGUCCUCUCGGCCGGGACAGCCCUCCACAUCUGGAAAGCCACAGACACAGGGGCCCUCAGGGAACAGCCCAAGUGAUCAGCUUUUUGUUCUUGACCUUACUAACACGUCAAGCUACUCAAGGGGUCAAUGAUCAGUUGAGUCGUUGAACAAGGUGUGUGAGUGUAGGGUUGGAACAAAAAUCUCCACACCCUAUAGGUGUCCAGGACUAGGGAUGGUGAUCACUGAGCUUGAGGAGGAGGAAGGAGUGUGUUGCAUGAGGGUGAAGCGAAUUCUGCCGUACGUCGGCGUCCUAGAAAAACCCUGUAUCUCACUUUUUUAAACAUAAAUUGAAAGUUUCACAGAACAAUCCCUUCCAUGUUCUGUGAAAGUGUAAUGAAACUAGGACUAAUAUAAGUAAUUCAAAAAGCCUUUUGAAUUUCCAUUAAUAUAUGGCAACAACAACGUUGUUUUAGAUUCCUGAAAAGUGAACUUAUUUUUUUUUAUACACGAUUUUUCCAGGACACUGAUGAGUAGUUAUAUUGAUUAUGGGGAUUGGAUCAGUAGCAUAAGGGAUAGGGAGGACAAUAAAGAGGAAAGAUGUUAAGGGGUUGUUGGAGGACAUACAGUUCCAUCUGAGCCAUUUUCACAUUUGCCAAGCCAGCAGUAAAAUUUAAGCCAGCAGUUAUACUUAGCCAGGGAUUAGCCAGCGAUGAAAGUUCUAUGUCAUAUCAGUUUGGCAUUGUACUAGUUUUGUGGCGACGAUUACGAAUAAAUCCCUACUACCAAUUAUCAACACUGUAAGAUACUCAGAAGAGGCUAGUGAGCAGUGAAGUACAACAUUUGCUAGCUAGCGUACGAUUUUGAUUAGAGGUAGCUAGCUUGAACCUGCUAGCCUAGGUUAGUUGUUAGCGCAAUUAGAGAACCA